UAUUCAUUGACAGUUGAAGAAGAAACCAGAAUCUGUCCUGUAAACGCUGGAAUCCUGUGGCAUAAUGCAAUAGCGUUAAUGUUUUACGAAAAAGAGGUAUUGACUAUUUGAAACGCCAGCAGCAAUGUUGAGGCAGAGAUCUGUCUGAUCUACGAACGAAUCAUUUUCAUGAACUGGUAACGGCAGUGCGAAAAUUCAUACAGAAAUAAGUGAAAGCUCUGCAAAAUGAAUGAGCCGGAGGGACUGCGGUUCAGGCGACUAAACCGACCUCAAAUCAUUACGGACUCCCAAGAACCUCGAUACAAGGGCACAAGCACAUACAGCGGGAAGGUUUUCCGAGUGACGCUAAUCUGUGUGGGGGGAUUUCUCGUACUUCCACUGCUGGUGGUCAUCCUGAUUCUGGAGUCUCCGAUCCACCCCGAGGUCUUCAGCCUGAGUGAGCCUCCUGAGUUGACUGGCUGUUAUGAGCCCAACCUGAAGCUGCGAGAGGCACAGCGCCUGUAUCAGGACCAGCUGGUCGGACCGGAGUCCAUCGCCAACAUUGGAGAUGUGCUGUACACGGGCACUGCUGAUGGGAAGAUCCUGAAGCUGGAUGGCAAAAGUGUUAGUGUAUUGGCCAGGCUUGGCAGGCCUCCCUGUGGUUCCCAUGACGACGAGCCGACCUGUGGGCGACCUCUCGGCAUUCGCGUGGGGCCCAACGGCACGCUGUUCGUGGCUGACGCCUACCUUGGGUUGUUCGAGGUUAACCCCGUCACAGGUCACGUGACCACGCUUGUGCAUGCGAGUCAGAUGGUGGCCGGGCAGCGGCUCUCCUUCAUUAACGACCUGGACGUGACGCAGGACGGCAGGAAGGUGUUCUUCACCGACUCCUCCAGCAGGUGGCAGCGUAGAGACUACCUGCAGCUCAUCAUGGAGGCCACUGCAGAUGGACGUGUUCUGGAGUAUGACACGCUCACCAAGCAGGUGUCUGUGAUGAUGGAGGGCCUGCGUUUCCCUAAUGGCAUCCAGCUGCUCCCAGACGAGGAGUCUGUGCUCGUCACCGAGACAACCAUGGCAAGGAUCCGCAGGGUGCACGUGUCAGGGCUGAACAAAGGAGGAAUGGACACCUUCAUCGACAACCUGCCUGGUUUCCCUGACAACAUCCGUCGCGGCUCCUCAGGGGGGUACUGGGUGGCCAUGUCUGCCGUGAGGCCCAACCCCGGCUUCUCCAUGCUCGACUUCCUGUCCCAGAGGCCCUGGCUCAAGAAGCUCAUCUUCAAGAUCUUCAGCCAUGACGUGCUGCUGAAGUUUGUCCCGCGCUACAGCCUGGUCCUGGAGCUGCACGAGAGCGGCGUGUGUGUGCAGAGUCUCCACGACCCGCACGGCGAGGUGGCCGCCUACAUCAGCGAGGCCCACGAGCACGACGGGCAGCUCUACCUGGGCUCCUUCCGCUCCCCCUUCCUGUGCAGACUGGACCUCAGCAAGGUGUGAGGGAUGGCGAGGCCGCUGAGCCGAGCUGAACCGGGCUGAACCGGGCCCUACUGGGCCAAACGCCAGAGGGAGCCCCGAGGGACCUGUGGGUGUGUGUGUGCAUGUUGGUUGUUUUAGUUUAGCUUUUACACAGCCUCUGAUUAUGGCUUAUAAGAGCCAAGAGAGAGAACUGUCUCACUAGUCAAUUCUUUUGAAUUGGCACAGACCCAUAUACACACACACACACACACACACACACACACAAUCUACAUACACACACAAUCUACAUACACACACAAUCUACAUACACUUGCGCUCUUAACCUAAGGCAGCAUAGUGUUAUCUGAGAUGUCGUUGAAACGCAUCAUGCAAUAUAUAAACCUGCCGAUAAGCUAGAGCCAUACCGGCGUCAUACUUAAGCCUGGUGGGCGUUUGACUAGAGGGGUCUUUGGAUCAACACUAUUGACGCUUGUGGUGAUGUCAUAGAGUUGUGAGAAGAAACAGAAAGGUCUUGUGCUUGUAUUUCCUGCCCUGUACUGACUCACUGCUAGCUACAUCCUGUUCUUAAUUAAGGCCACGCUAGGCUUGUCCCUGCUAAAAGAGGACGUAUGACCGCUGCAGCUAAAAUCAGAACGUCAGAACAUUCUAGAUCACCACCACGCUCUGCAAACGCCUUCUACUGUGGUGCUGCAUUACAGUAGGAUUCUAGAUCUUUUUAAAUCACUACUAGCUUCUAAAUUGCAAAAGCCUUCAUUUUGACUGCACAUGUAGUGAUAUUAAUAGACCACUUAUGAAGAUACUACAUCGUAGCAGUUGUCCUGGGCUAAAAUAUAAAACUGUAUUAAGUUGUUAUGUAAUCAUAGAGACUCCUAUGCUUUAUUUGUCCUUUUGCAUCAGUACCAGUUUUAUAAUGGAAUGCAAUGAUGUUGUGCAGCAAGAUGUGGGUUCAUGUUGAGUUUGGGGGGGGGGGGGGG